AACUUUGCUGCUGUCCCUGUCAUAAGGAGCCCCGGCUUGGCGGUGCUCUCGCCCUCCGCUGCGGCGUUUCAGCGCAGGACCGGCACCGUGUAGGAUGGCUUUUAUUUAUCCGUAUCGUCUGGCCACCUUUCCUCUUUGUUUAGCUUGAUUUACUCUGAACUUGCUUAUUUACGGGAAGCGGCCCGCAGUCCCCGUCGCAGGCGCCGUCCUCUGGCUCCUCCUUCUCCGUACCUUGUGACAACAACAACUCGCCGGGCGAGCGAGGCGCACUUUUCGCCUCUAUUUCUUUCCUGUCAUUCUCUCUCAAUCUUUGAUCAAUGUGCGGCCACAGAGAGCGCAGAUCCCACACAUCCCAGGCUUUGCACGAUCCCUUCCGAUUGUUAAACUAAAGCUCCACAAAGUUCUAGAUCUACGGGAUUUCUCGUUUCGACUACUUCGGGACACUUUUGGUGCGCUGGGGUUUUAUACUUUGAACUUAUUCUCAUAGGUGACCAUGGCCGUACCGGCUUCUUUGAUUCCUGCGACCCCUCUGGUCCAUCCACCUCCUAUAUCAACUUCUUCGGCUACCAGCACCUCGCCAUCGGCGACCUCCACCCCGUCUCCGUCCAUAGCCCCCUCUGGACCGAACCUAUUCCGAUCGGAGCUGAUCGCAACCAGCAGCCCGGGCAUCCCACCCGGCACCUUGCCCAGCAAGCCCGUCUACUCGACCCCGUCUCCAGUCGAAAAUACCCCGCAAAACAACGAGUGCAAGAUGGUAGAGCUGAGGGGAGCCAAGGUUGCAUCGUUUACGGUAGACGGCUGCGAGCUGAUAUGCCUCCCCCAGGCUUUCGACCUCUUUCUGAAGCACUUGGUCGGGGGGCUGCACACGGUGUACACCAAGCUGAAGAGGCUGGAGAUCACGCCGGUGGUGUGCAAUGUGGAGCAGGUCCGCAUCCUGCGGGGACUCGGGGCCAUUCAGCCGGGAGUCAAUCGCUGCAAACUCAUCUCCAGGAAGGACUUCGAAACUCUCUAUAACGACUGCACCAAUGCCAGCUCGAGACCUGGACGCCCACCGAAGAGGACACAGAGCGUCACGUCACCCGAGAAUCCACACAUCAUGCCACACUCAGUGCCCGGUCUCAUGUCACCAGGAAUGAUUCCCCCUACAGGCCUCACAGCGGCCGCAGCGGCCGCAGCAGCCGCCACCAACGCCGCCAUCGCCGAGGCCAUGAAAGCGAAGAAGAUCAAGCUGGAGGUCAUGAGCAGCUACCACAGCAGCACCCAACACGGGGCCGACCCAGAGAACGGGGACCUCAGCUCCAGCGCUGGUUUAGAGCUCCCCUUCAUGAUGAUGCCCCACCCCCUGAUUCCUGUUAGCCUGCCCCCAGCGUCUGUUACCAUGGCAAUGAGUCAGAUGAACCAUCUCAGCACCAUUGCCAAUAUGGCCGCAGCCGCGCAUGUGCAGAGCGUACCAUCGCGAAUGGUGACUUCCGUCAUAAAGGAGCGGGUGCCUGACAGUCCCUCUCCUGCACCAUCUCUGGAAGACGGGAGGAGGCCGGGAAGUCACCCAUCAUCUCACAGGAGCAGCAGUGUGUCCAGCUCUCCAGCACACACAGAAAGCUCGUCAGACCGAAUUCCCAUACACCAGAAUGGACUCUCAAUGAACCAGGCUCUUCUGGGAAUGUCUCCAAACAUACUGCCAGGACCAAAGGAGGGAGAUCUUGCCACUCAUGACAUGGGGCGAGAAGCCAAAAGAAUACAUACCGAAAAAGAUGAGACUCUGCUCUGCACUCCUACAGCGAGAGACGGCUACGAGAGGCUGCCCCUGGGUGGACAGACCCUCCCUCCUGGGUUUCCUUCACCAUUUCUCUUCCCUGAUGGUCUAUCGUCAAUAGAGACCCUACUGACAAACAUACAGGGCCUCCUGAAGGUUGCCAUCGACAACGCCCGUGCACAAGAGAAGCAGGUGCAGCUGGAGAAGACCGAGCUGAAGAUGGAGCUCUUCCGUGAGCGGGAACUGAGGGAGACACUGGAGAAGCAGUUGGCGAUGGAACAGAAAAACAGAGCAAUUAUCCAGAAGAGGUUAAAGAAGGAGAAGAAAGCAAAAAGGAAACUGCAGGAGGCUCUAGAGUAUGAAUCGAAACGGCGGGAGCAGGCUGAGCAAACACUGAAGCAGACGUCGUCCACAGAAAGUCUCCGAACGCUUAAUGAGUCAUUGACCCAGGAGAUUGAGACUGACCGCAGUAGUGGCAGAACAGAUUCUGAAAGAACAAUACAAGAUGGAAGACUUUUUCUGAAAACCACAGUGAUGUACUGAUGGCACGGCGAUGGAAGCCGUAGGAAGGUGUCCAACAGCUCGUACCAGGCAGCAGCUGUGAAAGCGGCCUACACAGCUGCUAGCAGUGUCUGUGCAUGACUGUAAGCUAAAGGAAAACUGUGUAAAUGUAGAAAUAGAACCUCUUUUCCAACAGAUACAAGCAUCACAUAGUUGCAAGACCAGAACUGCCGUAAACUGUAUGUCCUGUGACAUAUUCUUCAAAUUGCAAGGAUAAAAUCCCAUUGAGCACAGAAGAAUCAAGCAUCAGGAGUGGUAAUAUCAAACUGACCCACAGCACUGAAGAUUUUAUACUGUAUUUAAACCAGCAAGAAAGCUUUGAAACGGGAAUCUAGUUCAGGUUUUUCUCUUUUUUUUUUUUUUUGAAUAUUCAUAGGAAACUUUAGUUCAUUUCAAUUCCAAAAUAUUUUUCAAAAAUCAGUAGCUGGGAGAAGGCAUCGGAAAUGUGAAUUUAAUGAUAUACAGAUGAAGACAGGUCUAGUAGCUGAUUUUGUUUGUCGUUUGAAGUUUCUAAACCGGGAUAAAUUCAUAUUGUGUUUUCAUUUCAACAUUUUUGUACAGAUCAAGUUGGCUCGCUCAAAAAAUUUUACGAAGUAAGAUGGUAUGUGUAUAUACUGUUAAGAAGAUGCUAUUGUGUAUGCAGUAGGAAUAUUAGAAAACCAAUACAAACAUUUAUAAUGAAUUUCUAGUAUUGUUUAUUUUAUCCUUUGUUAAGCCACUUUUCUUUCAGAUAGCUGCCAUUUUAGUAAAAACGCAUGCAGGCAUGUAAAUGUUUGUCUUGAAGUUAUGCUAUUUAAUAAAUUCUAUUUUUUGCUUAAAAUAUACUUAGGGAGUGACUCAAUCAAUGUUAGUUUCUCUAACAAGUGUAAGUCUUUUUGAUUAUAUGUAUUGCUUUGAUUUAAUGGACUUGGUAAACUCCCUCCUAGCCAUUUUGUAUUUAUUUAAUUUUUUAUUAUAUGAAUUUGUAAGCGUAAUUUUCAUCAAGUUACAAGUUUUCCCCCUUUACAUUCGAAACUAAUGGAGUUUUUUUUUGUCGAUGAUGGAAUACACAGCUAUGGAAAUCUAAUUUCCACAUGAAAAUUACUUUUGAUUGAUUGAAUAAUUCAAUCAGAGCUCAAAGUGGUUUGGCCUUAAAUGCAAACACCAUUACUUAAUUACCGGAAGAAGAAAAAAAAUUAAAUGUUGGCUGUUUGUUUAGCUAAGACAAAGAAAAAGUCUCAAUUAAGGCCAAACACUCCAAUGAGCUGAGAUAACCUAUCUGUCUUCAUUUCUAAUUUUUAUGUGUGAAUUAUUAUGUAAGUCUCUCUUUUUGGAAUAAAAGCAUCCCAUAUUUA